GAUAUUAGUCUGAGAAUAGAUGUUUAGAAAAGGUAUUGUUCUUAUAAAUAUCAGAUGUACGUAUGUUCUUACCUCAUGUUCAAAAGUUGAAUAGCUAAAUUGUUUUCCUUGUACAAAAAUGUGAGAUUGUUCUUUAUUGGACUUUAAAUAUUGCCUGUUGCGUGAGGACACGCAAAAUUCAAGUGGGGUUGUAUGUGAUACCCACCGAAUGGGAAUCACACUUGUAUUAAAAUAGGGUCUUAGAUGUACUGCCCCAUGCUCAAACUUCUAAGCAGCCCCAACAACUAGUCAACAGGUCAGGAGCAGGUCACAUGACCAGUGUCAGGUGAUAUGGUGUGAGACAGUUACAAGUGGGUGACCAACUGUCAGAGGGAGCUGUGAGGUGAUGGUGCUGAAGGAAGGAGCUGCGCUGUCUGUGUGUCCUGGCAGUGUUGACAGGCUACUUUACCAUCCAGUGAAGCCUUGGACAGUAAAGUAAAGUUAUUAUUUGCUUCUCUCUAUAAAACCUCUGUGGGCCUCUGGUGACAGUGAGGGAAGGAGCAGUGCAGGGCCGGCGAAGCAGUCAUGUUCUGGUGAUGACAUUCUGGAGGAGCAGUCCACUCCAGAUUGCAAGCCGCGUGCGAAGCCCUCACAACAGCCCCAGCAUAGAGAGAGACUGAGAGAGGCGGUCCAUGAGGUGGCGUUGGACUCGCAUAUAAGGUGCAAGCGACAAAUUACAGCUGUAAGCAACUGGAGAGGUCCGUUUUCCUGUGUGAUGGGCAUAAGCCGUGACUCCCGCACACGGAUGGAUUGCUGAGGCUUCGCCUAUGCGGGAGGAGGAUGAGAGGACGUGACCGACACAACACUACUCUCCCAUUUCUGCUCUGCGCAGUGUUUGGUCGUGUGACUUGUUCCUAUCAGGCAGGAUCCAACAAUGGGAAUAAGCAAUGCUGCAGGAAACCUGUUCUGCAAGAUCAAGUUUUUGCUGUUAGUCGCUGUGUGCUUAAUACUGGUUAGCUGGGCCAGCUUUUACCUGAGGGACAGAACACACAGCUCCCCAAGAUACAAGUUUGCAGCUGAUUAUUUUUGGGGGCGUCAGUCAUGUGAUGAGAAGACUGAAGACAAAGCAAUCCCAGUUGUUGUGGAAGAUACCACCAAAAAGGAUUUAAAAAGUUGCCCGGCCCUGUCACCUUAUCUAAAAGGGGUUGUACCACUCACCUUUCCGCCCUCCCUAAGUUUGCUAGAAGUGAGCAAGAAGAACCGAAUGGUGGAGAAUGGGAAUUACCGCCCAGAGAACUGCAAGUCCCAGCAAAAAGUAGCCAUCCUAAUCCCGCACCGGAACCGGGAGAAACACCUCCUCUACCUGCUUUAUCACUUACAUCCGUUCCUCCAGAGACAGCAGCUGGAAUACGGCAUCUUUGUUAUUCACCAGGCUGGUGAUGCGAAAUUCAAUCGAGCCAAGUUACUCAAUGUUGGAUACUUGGAGGCGUUGAAAGAGGAGAAGUGGGACUGUUUUAUACUCCAUGAUGUGGACCUGGUACCGGAGAAUGAUUUUAACACGUACCUAUGUGACAGUGAACCCAAGCACCUGGUUGUAGGGCGUAAUGCCACCGGUUACAAGUUGUGGUAUAAAAACUACUUCGGAGGCGUGACGGCAAUGAGCCGGGACCAGUUUGCCAGAGUGAAUGGUUACUCGAACAGUUACUGGGGCUGGGGAGGAGAGGACGAUGAUCUGCGGUCGAGGGUGGGAUUCGAAAAGAUGGUGGUGGUCCGGCCACCCCCAGAAAUAGCCAGAUACACCAUGAUUUUUCAUACCAGAGAUACAGGCAACGAGGUGAACCGUGAGAGGAUGCAGUUGCUGAAGAAAGCCUCCAAAGUGUGGAAGACGGACGGGCUUAAUUCCUGCACCUACAAGCUGCUGUCUGUCCAACACGAGCCCUUAUACACCAACAUCACAGUUGAUAUAGGAAAGCCCCAUUACUAACGGGAGCUCCAGCCCAUACCAGACGCAACGGCUGGCAGACAUCAGCGCGGCAGAGCACGCCCGGUUUCUGCUGCUCAGGAUAAUACGGACAAUUCCUGGAAAGUCAUUUGCAGACUGUCUCUAAGGGGAGAGUCUGCUCUCAGCUGUCAGAUCAGCUGGAACACCGGCAUUUGCUGUAGUCACAGACCUUUCUAACUGGACGUCUGUUGGAAGAACUCCCAACAUUAAAUUGUACUUUUCUAGUACUCAUGGUACAUAAUUAAGUUCUUGAGGAUUAUACGAUUACAUUCCAGGUAUUUGUUAUAAUUAUGAGCCACUCACUCAUUUUAUCAUUUUAUAUGGAAAAUAAAAUAAGCUGUUUCAGCAUUUUGUAAUGGAAAUAA